AUCAAACAGAUGAUGGAGGCAGCCACCCGGCAGAUCGAAGAGAGGAAAAAGCAGCUGAGUUUCAUCAGUCCUCCGACACCACAGCCAAAAAUUUCUUCUUCAUCCCAAUCGGAUCGUCUCCCCAUUGGCAACACCAUCCAGCCCUCCCAGGCGGCCACGUUCAUGAACGAUGCCAUUGAGAAGGCCAGGAAAGCUGCGGAGCUGCAGGCCCGAAUCCAGGCUCAGCUGGCCUUGAAACCGGGGCUCAUCGGCAACGCCAACAUGGUGGGGCUGGCCAACCUGCACGCGAUGGGCAUCGCGCCGCCGAAAGUGGAACUGAAGGAUCAGACAAAGCCUACGCCACUGAUCCUGGAUGAGCAAGGCCGAACUGUUGAUGCGACCGGUAAAGAGAUUGAGUUGACUCACCGCAUGCCAACCCUAAAAGCAAACAUCCGAGCCGUGAAGAGAGAGCAGUUCAAACAGCAGCUUAAAGAAAAGCCCUCGGAAGAUAUGGAGUCGAACACUUACUUUGACCCCCGGGUCUCCAUAACCCCAGCCCAGCGUCAGAAACGCGCCUUUAAGUUCCAUGAAAAAGGCAAAUUUGAGAAAAUUGCCCAGAGGUUGCGAACGAAGGCUCAGCUGGAGAAGCUGCAGGCGGAGAUCUCACAGGCUGCCAGGAAGACAGGGAUACACACUUCCACCAAGUUGGCUCUUAUCACCCCGAAGAAGGAGCUGAAGGAGGGGGAGAUCCCGGAGAUCGAGUGGUGGGACUCCUACAUCAUCCCUAACGGCCUCGACUUAAAAGGCGGAACCUCUUCAAAGAGAGACGAGUACUUUGGGAUCACAAACCUCGUGGAGCACCCGGCGCAGCUCAACCCGCCAGUGGACAGCGACACGCCAGUGACCCUGGGCGUUUAUUUAACUAAGAAAGAGCAGAAGAAGUUACGGCGACAGACUCGGAGGGAAGCCCAGAAGGAGCUGCAGGAGAAAGUCAGGCUGGGCCUGAUGCCGCCGCCGGAGCCCAAAGGAUCUACGGAUUCGGUGCUUAGGAAGAGAGGGAUCCGCCACGAGAGGGAACGCCGUAGGCUCUUUCGCUUAACUGCUGCGUCUCCCUCUGCAUCCAGAGCUCACGAAGAAGCAAACGCUGCGAGGAAGCUCACGGCAGAGCAGCGAAAGGCCAAGAAGGUGAAAAAGCUGAAAGAAGACGUCUCACAGGGCGUUCACAUAGCCGUGUACAGGGUCAGAAACUUGAGCAAUCCGGCCAAAAAAUUCAAAAUCGAGGCGAACGCUGGCCAGCUGUACUUAACGGGCGUGGUGGUUUUACACAAAGACGUCAACGUGGUCGUGGUAGAAGGAGGCCCGAAAGCACAGAAGAAAUUCAAACGCCUUAUGCUUCAUCGAAUAAAAUGGGACGAGCAAACAUCCAACACAAAGGGAGAGGAUGAUGAUGAAUCCGACGAGGAGUCCGUUAAGAAAGCAAACAGAUGCUCUCUGGUUUGGGAGGGCACCGCGAAGGACCGCAGCUUCGGCGAGAUGAAAUUUAAGCAGUGCCCCACGGAGAACAUGGCACGGGAGCACUUUAAGAAGCACGGGGCGGAGCACUACUGGGACCUGGCCCUCAGCGAGUCGGUGCUGGAGUCCACAGACUGAGGGGAGGGGGCUGCCCGCCGCCCCCCU